GAUCCAGUUGACAGUAUCAGCGCCUUCUUCAAAGAUCCCUCUGGCGUAAAGGUAACAAAAUUUAUUGAGAAACUUCGAGAAUUAAGUGACGACUCCAAAAAAACAUUCGAUGAAAUCGAAUAUGAAUCGCAGAACUUUUCUUCUGUAUUUGACGAUAACUAUUCGAAUUAUAUGCCAAGGACAAUGUUUGAUUUGGAUUGCAAUAACGAUCAUAUAAGUAAGAAGGAUCCUUCAAAAAUCGACAAAGUAGCUUUUUGGAAGACUCAUAAUGCUAUCCCAGAUACUACGAAGUUGAAAUUGAGCACAGGAAAAAUAGUAGAGGAUAUCCUUUUUAAUUUUUGUAAAGACAUGGAUUAUGAACACCAUGCCCAUUCAUACAUUGUGGAUUUUGAUAAUGAGAAUAUCAAGGCAUUAUUUAUCGAUUCAGAAUGGAAAGAAUUAACAAAGGAUCGAAUUGGAGUUCCAAUUAUUUUACACGACAUUAUAAAAGAACUGGCGAAAUAUAAAAAAGAAUGGAUUCAAUUGGCCAUUCGAACACUUGUAAAUCUAUAUGAAAAUAUGAAUUCCUCUCUAAUAAGAACACAAUACGAACAUUGGUUUACAGUUGCACUUCUUGGAACAUGUAUUGACUUUUGUCUUAGAGAUAUUCGAUUGGGAACUGAUAUUAAAAGAAUUGAUGCAUCGUCAUCGAGUAGUGCUAACCGGAAGAAUCGAAGUCGAAAAGCAAACAUACGUAAAAGAAAGCUCGUUGGCCGUAAAAUUGACGGAAUAAUAUAUACAACUGAUGAGCUUCUUGAAUUUGAAGCCAUAGAAGGUGCAAGAGCUGUAAAUUAUGAUGAUCAAAAAGCGAACAAACUCCAAGUAAUUGGUAUUUUACAUCUUGGAUUAUAG